AGUGAGUUUUUCCUUCUGGAGAACUGGAAUCGGUUUCUUCUUAUCAGGGAAGAUGCUGUCUGGGAAGAUCUUCAAAGCCACAUUGUUUUCCCGAAAGACCUGGAGGGCUUUGUUCUCAUCCCGGAGGACUUGAAGGGCUUUGUUUUCGAUACUGCUUUGGAGACCUAAGGAGCCUGAUGGAAUCCUCUGACCUUGGUUGAUGCCUUCAUUUUCCUUCGCGUGCUGACAAGAUGUCAAAAGAGCAGGACAAUUCUGAGUCUGAUGGAGAGGGACGUUCCCAACAAGAAAUACCCUCUGCUCCUUCAGGAGGCCACUCAGUGGAUCCCAGGCCUUCCACCUCACAUCUCACCAUAGAAAAUGUGAAAAAACUACAAGAGGACAAUCCUGUGUCAAAAUCUUCCCUUGCUAGACAGUCAGUGGAAGCCUAUCUUCGGCAGAGACAUUUGCUUGAUCAUGCGAAUGAGGUCAGUUGGAAGGAGAGAAAAGAGCCAAAUUUGCCCGUUGAGAAAGGAUCGGAGGAGCAGUCAGUAAGUCUGCUGGAGGAAGAAGCUGCUGAGAAUGACACAGAAACCUUGGAAAAGAUUUCAAACCCAGAUUUCUGGACAAGAUCUGUGACAUCUUCAGCUCCUGAGACAAAGAAACGUGAAUUUGCAGAUUUGGAGACACAGACAGAAUGGAGUUACUCCUCCCCAUCUCGGCAUACUAGUGAAGAAGUGAGUAAGACACCAGGCAAAGAUGCUCUAGAGGAAGAGGUGGAAGGUGCAGAAAGCAAAGGUAAAAUCACCAGGACUCCAGGAGCUGAAAGAAGGGGCGCUAUGGAGCUAGGAAGUAUAGACUCUUCGGAGGAAGUCGUGGCUGAUGAGGUGUUGGAAGCUUUGCACCAGGCUGAAGUGAGAUGCCAAAGUUGGGACCAAAGGACGGAUCCCCAAGGACGGGUGGCCCAGCUAGGCAGAUACGCCACUGCCGGGCAGUGUGGGCUGCUGGACUCACAGGGGGUGAAGUACUUGCAAGAUCAUGAUGGCCUUGACUAUUGUGGACGCUGUGAAUUUUGUGCCGCUGCCCUGAAGCACUUUCCCACCCCGGAAGAGCUGGAAGACAAGCCGGAAAGGAUGGAGUCUGUGGGGAAGGCAAACAUGGAGCCCAGAAGACUCUUCUGCCCCAGACAGGGAGCGCUGAAAUGGCUGCCGUCCUUCACAGGGGUGCGUGUGGGCACCUCCAGCCUGAAAAUCACAUCCUCAGAGGUAGGGGCUGGGUGGGGCUCGCUGCCAUCUCAGGGCUUCUGUCUUUCACAGGUCCCUUGCUGCAGGACCUACAAGGACAUUUUGCAGUGUGUGAUUCAGGAACUCAUGGAGACUCAGUCCCCCGAAGGUGAAAUAGACAUCACUCCUCAUCGACGUGUUUCACAAACCUUGCUGAAUAGCAGGACCAAAAUCUUUCUCGUGGAAGAGCUCCGAGAGCACGGGAUCGAGAACUACAAGGAAAUCUUUGAGCAAUACAUGACGUUCAACACAUGGGUCAAACUCGGAUUCAAAUUGUCUAACGAGGCUCCCAAACCUCCCCCUGUUGCUGUUAAGAAACGUCCACGUCCCAAAGAACUACUGAAGAUAGAUGUGGAGUUCAAACCGGAGCAAGCAAAGAUUUGCCACCCCAUCAACCCUGUGAGAAGAUACUACCCAGACGGAAAGAUAUUCAUCCUUCUACUGCCAGAUGGAACUGGCCAGGUUUAUUACCCAUCAGGAAAUAUUGCCAUCCUCAUUACCUAUUUAAAGGAUGUUCAAUUCACGUACCUCGUUCUAGCUGACGGAACUUGCAACAAGCUCAUGGCGUUCUUCACCAACCAGGGUUACGCUGAAUGUUACUACCCCAAUGGAAAAACCAGGCUGCACCUGGACCUUUGCAGUGGCUCCUCCUUUGAUGUUAGGGGGUUUCAACAGAAAUGCUGGAACUGGUGGGACACCACGCGUCACGUUCACGCGCCUCCAUUCCAGCCCAUCUCGAUCCAAUUCAAUGUUUACAUCCAGGUGAAAAUACAAGCCCAGGAUCAGAUUUUCCUAAACUUCACCAAUCUUCAUAGCUGCAUCCGCCUGAACGUGGGUGCUCGGCUAAAAUUGAAGGACCCUGCGAUGCUCCCCCUCCUCAAGUCAUCAGGAAACCAGAAGCCAUCCAUCAGCCAAGCCAGAAUCCAGCGGAUCAAAAUGCUGUUAGGUGAACUGCGCAAAGGACUGAAACCGAUGCCCAGUGCUCCAAAUGGGUCUCUCAUGCACCUGGAUACCAUGGUUGUACUCAUCACUCGCUUACAGCGGUGGCAUUGCAAAAAACUAUUUGAGCCAAAACAAUGAUCCAGACAGCCCUCAUGCUAGGGAAAGCUGCAGCACCCCAGCUCCACACAGACACAAUUAAACCUAUUUCGA